AGAAAUUUUCUAUUUUGGAAUCAUUCUAAAUUUCAAUUCCUUUCCUGUAAAAGCAAAAGAAAAAAGAUACAGCUUCUUCUUCUUCUUCUUCUUCUGUUUUUUUGUCGUUCUAUAUGUUCAAAAUCUUGAUGCCAUGCCAUGCCCAAGCAAUGCCUUCUCUGUGUUUGAAUUCGUUGCCUCUACCGCCUUCUUCACACACUCGGAAAUUAACAGAAACCUUUUCUCCAUCAUAUUCUUCUUCUUAUUUUGCUUCGGCUUCAACUUUAUUGAGCAACAGCAGUAGCAGAGGAGAAGCCUUAAAGCCCAUUGUUGUCAAUGGAAGCCCUCCCACCUUCGUCUCUGCUCCCGGUCGCCGGAUUAUUGCAGUUGGGGAUCUGCAUGGAGAUCUUGAUCAAGCUAGAUUUGCACUUCAGAUGGCUGGUGUUUUGAGUUCUGAUGGUGAAGACUUAUGGACUGGUGGAGAAACAGUCUUGGUUCAACUAGGGGAUAUCCUUGAUAGAGGUGAAGAUGAAAUAGCGAUUUUAUCCCUGUUGCGGUUGCUGGAUGUACAAGCAAAAGAUGUUGGUGGAGCAGUUUUUCAGGUGAAUGGGAAUCAUGAGACAAUGAAUGUAGAAGGGGAUUUCAGAUAUGUUGAAGCUGGGGCAUUUGAUGAAUGUGGUGCUUUUCUGGAAUACUUGAGUGACUCUGGAAAUGACUGGGAAGAAGCCUUUCUUGGUUGGAUUAGUGCAUCUGAGAAAUGGAAAGAAGAUAGGAAAAUUUUCAGAAGUAAUUGGGGGCCAUGGAACCUAGUGAAGAGGCAAAAGGGAGUGAUUGCAAGGACGGCUCUGUUUAGACCAGGCGGUCCAUUGGCAUGCGAAUUGGCAAGACACUCGGUUGUUCUUCGGGUUAAUGAUUGGGUUUUCUGCCAUGGCGGCCUGCUUCCUAACCACGUUGCAUAUGGCAUAGAGAGGAUGAACAAGGAAGUUUCUAGCUGGAUGAGAGGUUUCAAUGGAGGUGAUAGCAAUCCUAACAUCCCUUUCAUAGCCACCAGAGGCUAUGACAGUGUUGUUUGGAAUCGUUUAUACUCUCGGGACAAUUCAGAUCUUGAUGAUUAUCAGAUUAAUCAGAUAAAUGCUAUUCUUCAAGACACAUUGCAAGCAGUAGGAGCUAAAGCGAUGGUGGUGGGACAUACUCCUCAAAUGGAAGGAGUAAACUGUAAAUACAAUUGUAGCAUAUGGCGUGUCGAUGUGGGAAUGUCAAGUGGAGUUCUUAACUCGAGGCCAGAGGUUUUGGAAAUAAGUGAUGAUAAAGCGAGAGUUAUUAGGAGCAAAAGAGAGAAAUUUAGUGAACUUCUGGUCGUGGAUUAUUUAUAGAAUCAAGCAAGGGAGCUUGAACAGGUAUAAAUUCUGACAGUACUUAUAAAAGAUUUUUGUGCUGGAAAUCCAUGUGAUGAAGAUGAGGUUUUCUGUAUAUCAGUCUCAAGAAUUAGCAAUAACGAGGACAUUAUUCUUAUCAACAAAUUCUUCAUCUGGGAUUUUUGCUGCUGUAAAUUGUUCUGCUCGAACUCUUUCAGCUUCAGGUUUUAAAUCAUAGUUCUCUGUGUUUAGUACGAUCGCACUUUGAUUUGGGUUAGUGGAAAGUCAGUUCGUCCCGAGAUGUACUAACGCUUCUAAGAUAGUCUUUUACCGAUUAUGAUCCUAA